CUCCUCUGGUUUAAGACCGGGAGGGUGCCUGUCUCUCUCUCUUUCUCUUCCUUUCUCUCCCUCUGUCUCAGUCAUUUCCCCUUCAGGAUCCCUGUCUUCAUCCAUCUCCUAUCAGUGGCCUUAUCACCGCUUUUGCCCGGCCGCCUUCCUUGGGGAGGUGCUGGAAAAGCCAGCAGGGGGGAAAUUUACCCAAAGGAUAAUGACCAAAAGUCCAGCAGCUUGUUGUCAUUUCACAUAACUGAUCAAAGUUUUUCUUCAACACACGACAGAGAGGAGUACAGCCGGUUCAGCUCAGGGUGUCCUCUUUGUUCUUUUUGAAGAUGAAGAGGCAUCGGUUGUUACCGCUGUGUGCCCUCCUGGCUGUCCUGUGCGCAGGACUCCUUCCUAAUCUUGAUGCACAAGAUGUUGUGGCAACUGGAAAAAGGGACAUCAUUUUCCUCAUUGACAGUACAAUGGGAUCGGCAGGCAUCAAUGCUUUACGUGAAUUCAUCAAGCGGUUUGUCGAGAGAAGAAUCAUCGGUACAGAUGCCGUUCAAGUUGGUAUUGCGCAGUUCAGCACUUCCCCACGACUUGAGAUGGACCUCAACACCCAUGGAACCAAGGAGUCAUUGAUUGCUGCUUUGGGUGCAAUCAAACCAAGACCGGGACAGACAGUAAACAUUGGAGCAGCUUUGGAAUAUGUGCGGACAAAUAUGUUACGGCCUGACAGGGGUAGCCGUAUUCAGCAGGGAGUGCCCCAGCUCAUUCUGUUGGUGACCAGCAAGAAGUCAAGCGACAGUGUAGCUGGACCUGUUCGUGACCUGCAGCAAAUGGGUGUAUUGACUCUGGCCGCAGGCUCAAGGGCUGCUGAUGAGCAGGAGCUAAAGCAGAUCGCCUUCACCGACACCCUUGUGUACAUGACCCGAGACUUCCGUACACUGUUUCGAAACCCGAGAGAAAUAGCCGAUGCACUCUCUACUCUAGCUGGGGUGAUUGUGACCGAAGUACCCACUGAGCCAGUGGUGGAGAUAACCACAGUGCAGAUUCAAAACGUGGAAAGAGACAUCGUCUUCCUUGUGGAUGGCUCAAGCUACAUCGGCAGCAGUAACUUUCCCUAUGUGAGAGAUUUCAUGAUCAACGUGGUCAACCAGCUGGAUGUGCGUCCUGAGAGGAUCCGGAUUGGUCUCCUGCAGUUUUCCAAUCGUCCAAAAAUUGAAUUUUACUUGAACACCUAUGACAACAGGCAGGAUGUUGUGAACAAAAUCUCACAACUGAGGCUGAUUGGAGGUUCAGUUUUGAACACAGGAGCUGCAAUGGAUUAUGCCCUAAACUCUAUGUUUCAACAAUCACUUGGUUCACGAAGGAGGCAAAAGGUUCAGCAGGUGUUGGUUCUGAUCACUGGCGGCCCUGCACAAGAUCAGGUUAAAUCUGUCGCUGAUAAGCUAGCUCUGGGCGGUUUGCUGACUUACACUGUCAGCUCUGGACAAGCAGAUGAGAACCUGAUGAAGUCGGUUGCCUUUGUUCCAGAACUGGCUUACCAUGAAGGACGAUUCUCUGACUUGCCGGCACUGGCCGAAUCGAUUACGCCAAAGUUGCUCACAGUGGUUGGUGAUACGGACAUUGCAACAUUGCCAGAAGAAACAACUGGAGAGGAAAGAGAUGUUGCUUUCCUUAUUGAUGGCAGAGACAGCGUUCGUACUGAUUUCACCUACAUCCUGGAUUUUAUCAUCAAAGUACUUGAGCCACUUGACAUUAGCAGUGACAAGGUGCGAGUGUCAGUGGUUCAGCAUAGUGAGAGACCAACUCCAAGCUUCUAUCUUAACACAUAUCAAACCAAAGAAGAGGUUCUGAGAGCAGUCAACGGAAUGACGCUGGCUGGUGGGCGGAGCUUAAAUACUGGAGCUGCUCUGAACUACAUGAGAGACACCAUCUUGUCUGAAGGCUCCGGCAGCCGGGCAGCACAAAACGUCCCUCAGUUCCUGAUUCUUUUGACGGGUGGAAGGUCCACGGAUAAUGUGAACGAGCCUGCUGUUGCACUGAAGACGGGGGGAGUCGUACCGUUUGGUGUUGGUGUCAAGGAUGCAGACCCGAAGCAGAUUGCAACCAUCUCACACAACCCUUCAUUUGCCUUUAAUGUGAGGGAAUUCAGUGAACUCAGUACCAUUCCUCAGAAGAUCAAUAACUAUGUGAACCUUCCAGCGAACCAGCUAAACAUCGUCCUGCAAGAAGCACAAUUUGAUGGUGUAAAAAGGGAUAUUGUGUUCCUGUUGGAUGGCUCGGAUAACACCAGAGAUGGAUUUGCAGACAUAAAAGUCUUUAUAAAAAACAUAGUGAAGAACCUCAACAUUGAUGAGAGCCAUGACCGAGUCUCUGUGGCUCAGUUUUCUGAUAACCCUGAGGUCAACUUUUAUCUAAAUUCACACAAGACUAAAAAUGAAAGUGUGACUGCCAUAGAAAACUUGAAGCACAAAGGUGGGCGGCGCCUUAAUGUUGGUGCAGCUCUCCAGUUUGUGAGGCACAGAGUCUUCACUUCUUCCACUGGGAGUAGAAGACUAGAAGGAGUGCCCCAGAUUCUAAUUCUGCUCAGUAGCAAACCAUCCUCUGAUAGCAUCAGAGGUCCAGCAUUUGCUCUGAAAGAGCAUGAAAUUGUAUCAAUCGGGGUUGGAGUGGGACAAGCUGAACAGGCAGAGUUGGAAAUGAUUGCUUUCGAACCAAGUUUCACAUACAUGGUCACUGACAUCUCCGAGUUACCUUCAAUCCAACCACAACUUCUUGAUGCAUUGAACAUACACAAAGACACUGGGGAAAACAUCAAUGGAAUCUCUGACUUAGUAGGUAAGAAAUGCACAUUUUCUGUUAUUUCUAAAAUACAGUAUUUUUCCUCUCAACGAGACAUUGUGUUUCUAUUGGAUGGGUCAGAUGACACACAGAAAGACUUUCCAGCAAUGAAAAAAUCUGUUCAAGAAGUUGUUGAAAUGCUAAAUGUUGGUGAAACCAAAGAUCGCAUUUCUGUGGUUCAGUACAGCAGAGAUCCGCAGACACAUUUCAGUCUGAUCACCUACAUGGAGAAAAACGAUAUUCUAAAUGCAGUCCAACAGUUGGAUCACAAAGGAGGCAGACCCCGCAACACUGGUGCAGCUCUCGACUAUGUGAGGAACAAUGCUUUCACUCAGUCCUCAGGAAGUCGGCAUCAAGAAGGGGUCCCCCAGAUAUUGAUUCUGUUGAGUGGGGGAAGAUCUCAGGAUGAUGUCACAAAUGCCGCUGCUGCACUAAAACGAGAAAAAGUUGUGCCAUUCUGUGUUGGUACAAGAAAUUCUGACAUACUUGAGCUUCAGAUGAUUGCUCAUAACCCUUCAUAUGCCUUCUCCGUAUCUCACAUCUGA